AUGAUUUAAUAAACACAAGCUCAUCUUCCAAAAGAGUGGAUUGAUUUCUUAGAAAAGAUUUAAAACCUCGACCCAAUUGAUGUGGAAACAGUAACAUAAUAUGUAAAAGUACGUGUCAACCACUUUCCAACUGAUUAAUAAAUGACAGAGUACUACGAAGAAGUUUUUUCUAAGUAAUAUAUUAAUAUUACUAUAUUUAGAUCUACAAGUGAUGUAAAUAGAAAAAAGUGGCAUCAAUAAGAUAAAAAUCUACUUAUUUGGUGUAUGACCAAGCAUAUGAUGUCAUAAAAUCGUUAGGAACUCAUUCCUGUAAUUGUUAUAUAUAAUAUUUAAGAAUGAUGAGGAUUGGGAGUAUGUAUCAAGGAUUCUAUGUGUAGAUAAAAAAUUAGUGGAAUUAAAGUGGAUAUCUCUUUUACAUUCCAAUUUAAAGAUCUCUCCUUGGUCAAAGGAAGAAGAUUAAAUUCUAAUUAACAUAGCAAAGUAUCCUUUUUAAUUUAUAAUAAGUGACCAUUAUUAUAAAAAUAAUUGGACUGAAUUAACCAUUAAAUUUAAUUCUAUAUCUUCAACAUAGAGAUAUCCUAAAUAAAUAAGAGAACGCUGGAACAAUGUGCUAAAUCCCAAUAUCUCUAGAUCUACAUGGAGCAAAGAAGAAAAAAUUUAAUUACUCUAAUUGAUUUUGAGUUAUGGCAAAAAAUGGUCCAAAAUCUAAGGUGAGUUAAAUGGGAGAAGUGAAAAUUAAAUUAAAAAUUAAUAUAAUGGAAUUAUUAGAAAUUUAAAAAGAUUUAAUGUAAUCAUUGUAUCUAAUCAGUAGGUCUAAGAAAGUGAAGAAAGAUUGUUGAUCAAAGCAAUAAUUGAAAAUCCUGAUUAAAAGUUAAGUUUGACUGUUACUUAGUUCAUGUCAGACUUCUUGGCUAAAAAAGAGGCAUCAAAAAGUGUAGAAUCCCCAUAACUUCAUUAGCUUACUGAAUCAUAAAUUCAAAAGAAAAUCUGUAUUGACCCAGUUCCUCAAGAAAUUGGAAUUACUGCAACAAGUACUUUUAGUUAUUAUAAAAGAUAUUUUAUUUUAAGAGAAAUUGAAUUAAUGUAAAGAAGUGCAGUAGUAGAUGAAGUAGACAUCCAUUUAAUAAAAUACAUAUUUCUCCUCUUCUCAACCACAAAACUAUUCGUAAAUGCCAAUGCCUACUAAUCAGUAUUAUUAUAAUAAUAAUUAUAAUAAUUAUUAUCAUAAUUACCAUCAAUAAAAUUAACAAUACUUGACCUACCCUAAUUAUAAUUAAGUAUAAUCGUAAAUGCCAUAUCAAUAAUAUCACUAUGGAUAUUAUUGA